UACGCAGUCUGCAACAAUCCUGCGGGCGCGAACGACUCACGAGCGUUAUUACGUCGUUUCUUUGUCUGUAACCCAAGUUUCAUUUGUCGCUGAGUCAAGGAAUCGUCGACAGUUUGAAAAUUAAAUCGGUUAUAAAGUCGCGUAUUGGUGCAGUCCACUAUCAAUCCACUUGUUGAACUGGAAGUUAUUUCUUGAUCAUGGUUAAUGUGAAUAUGAAGAUGAGCGACGAAGGUUUUCAAAACAAUGAAUUGAAGAAAGCUAAAGCACCAAGAGUAAUCAUAAAAUUGACUGAGCAUUCACGAUUGAAAAAAUCAAAUACAAAGCCUUCAACACCAAAAAGUUCAUCAUCGCUAUCUGAAGAGCCCAUCAAGAGUACCCCAAAAUCAUCUCUUCCUGCAGAGGAUAAUAUUAUAGCAACUGCAAAAAUUUCUACUAUUUUAAGAAAACUACGUCUCUCUCAAAGUAGUUGUGAAGAAGAAAAUGAUGAAGGGUCAAAAUGCGUUAUUAAACAAACAUAUCAAUAUGAUAAUGGAUUUCAGUCAUUCAAAAAUCAAAAAGCUGAUGAGGAUAGUAACUUGCAACAAAAAAACUAUGGGCAAUCCAGGAUGUGCCAACCACAUCAAUCUAGAGUGAAAAACGGAUCAAACUCAAUUUAUAUCGAAAGAAAACAAGUUGUGCAAGAUAAUUUUAAAGAUUGUAAGUUAAACAACAAAUCCACAUUAUCUCCUACUGUGUCAAAAACUUCAACAAUCUAUACAGAAUCAAAUCAAGAUAGCAAGUGCUCCAAUUGUAAAAGUCCAGAACACAACUAUUUAAAAUGUCCAGAACCUCAAAAAGUAAAAUGCUAUCGUUGUGGUUGGGGCUAUGUUACUCAAGAAAACUGUCCUUUCUGUACAGGAACACUUGUAAGACCAGGUUCAACCGUACGUGUGCCUGUUGGAGGUGAUCUUAAAAAAAAAUAUCCUGGUGUUCCGUUAUAAGGAAAAAAAAUUAGAGACAUUGAUGAAAAUAUUUGUGACUCAAUAUUGUGAUUUGUAGCAUUGGAUGCUAAUUUAAGAAUCCUUCAAUUAUUAUACACUACAUACAAAAAACCUUAUUCAAAUAAUUUGGUUGAAUGUAUAUUAAUGUUAAGAAAUUUCUAUAAAAAAGUAUUGAUAUUUCUAUUAAAUAGAAAUUGUAAUCAUCGUAUUAUUAUCUAAUUUUUUUACUGUUUAAAAAUUAAUGGAACUAAAAUAUCUAAUCAUGAAAUUUUAAAUGAGAAUAAUCUGUAAUGUAGAAAAACUUUUGUUGUUUCGUUAGUUUGGUACUAUUGCAAGAACUUUGUAAUUAAAAACUAAUCAUGAAAUAAAUAUAACCUUAAAAACCAGA